AUGGCCUUUGUGCACCACGAAUCCUCUGAAUGUUCAAAAUCAGAAUUGGAUCUGUUUUCUCUACCGCCAACUCAAACGAGUAUCGAAGGGGGUCGUUGGACGGACUAUCAUCCCAUUUCAGUUAUCUCAAACGACGGAGGACCCCUGGAAUUUUUGGUCAGCGGUGUUGCUGCUGGCGAAUACUUGAACCUGUCACAGACGCAACUUUACAUCAAAGCAAAGAUUACGAAUGCCAAUGGUACAGAUAUCGCUGAUGAUGCAAAAGUAACAGGGRUGAACUGCCUCUUCAGUUCCAUGUUUUCUCAAAUUGACGUCAGCGCAAACGGACGGCUUUUGAGCAAUUCCACAAACUUGUAUCCUUAUCGAAGUAUAUUUGAAACACUCUUGAGUUACGGUCCAGCGGCCAAAGAAUCGCAGCUGACUUCGGCGCUUUUCUACAAGGACACUGCAGGUCAGAUGGAUAACACGGAUCCUGCAGCUGCCGACGCUACAGCGAACUUAGGACUGAAAGCCCGCUAUAACCACACAAAAGAAUCCAAAAGCGUCGAAAUGAUAGGUCGGAUACACGAAGACGUUUUCAAUCUGGAACGCAGUUUGAUCAAUGGGGUUGAGUUGAGAAUCAAGUUGACGCGAGCAAAAAACGAAUUCUGCUUGCUUUCGCCAACCACAGGAGCUGCCUUUAAGCUCGUAAUAGAAGAUGCCAUUCUUUUCAUUCGAAAAGAAAAAAUCAGUCCUUCCGUCUUGUUGGCUCAUGCUGAAGCACUGAAAAAAACGACAGCCAAAUAUCCCUUACGUCGUGUGAGCAUGAAAGCGUUUUCAAUCUCCCGUKGAGCUUUGAAUUUUUCGCAAGACAAUUGCUUCAAUGGACGUAUCGCCAAAAGACUGCUCUUGGGAAUGGUGGACAAUGAUGCCUUCUCUGGCAAUUACAAGAAGAAUCCAUUCAAUUUCAAGACCAACAAACUGAGUUUCCUCGCCGUUUAUGCAAAUGGCGAGAGCGUGCCAUGUAAAGCCCUUCAACCCAAGUUUGCAGAAUCAGCUUUCAUCAUGUCCUAUCAAAAUCUAUUCACUGGGACGGGUCUUCAGUAUCACGAUCUGGGAAAUAAUAUAAGUAGAGACGACUUUGAUCAGGGUUAUGCCAUUUUCUGCUUUGACUUGACGCCCGAUCUGAGCAACGCCGGUCAUUUCAAUCUGGUCAAGCAAGGGAACUUGAGGAUUGAACUUCAAUUUUCUGAAACCUUAACACAGAGCAUCAACGUCGUGGUCUUGGCUGAAUUUGAAAACCUGAUCGAAAUUGAUCAAGAAAGAAACGUUUUGUUUGACUACAGUGAUUGA